AUGAGAAUCACCAUUGGCCUCUUAUUCGGCGUUGUAUCGCAGGUGUUCGCUGUCCCGGUAACAAGCGGCGACAAAUUCUACCCUCGUGGUAUUGCUCUCGGAAGCACAACACAAGAGAAGACACAACACUUUGCAGCUUUCACACUCAACUCGAAAUCUCCCGUAGCAACUCUAGAUUAUGGCUAUGAGGUUGCUGGAUAUCCGUUCUUCUCGGUUGCCAGUCUCACUGGCAAAGUGCAGAUUGAGACAAGAUACACAGAAGAUUUGGGCGACAUAGAUCUACCUUAUUCUGAUGGCCCCUUCACCUUUGGUCAAGGUCUGACGAACACAUACAGAGUUGAGACGAUCGAGAUCACCUCAAUAGGCCAACUGAACUCGUAUCUUGCUCAAGGUGGCCAAAGAUGGCAAACCAUUCGCUUGCUCACUUCUGGCACUGUCACGUUCAAGAAUGUUGGCUUUACAGCAACAAUUGAUGCACUGGAUUACGACAAGCUACCUGGACAAUUCAGUUCGUCGAAUCAAUUGUACAACGAGAUCUGGAAACUCGGCGCCAGAGCAGCUGGUGCUUCAUGCUUCAGUGCGGGUGCAUACAAGUCGAUCUGGGAUGUAUCUCCUAACAGUGGCGCAUUCGUCAGAGGUUCUCGUGCUGGUCUUUCUAUCAAGGGCAACACCUUCUCCAAUUACAACCUCACAUUUUCUGCCAACAUCAAGCGUGGUGGACUCGGAUGGACCAUGGCCUAUCCUGUCAGCAGUAGAGUUGGAGGCGUUCAACUCAAUCUCGUUGGAAACUACCCCGAGGCAACUACUUAUGCCAACGUGAACAAGACACUUCUUCCACCCAAUACCAUCGUCCUCGGUUAUGGUUUCAGCCUGGUAAAUCAGACUACACUCGAAUCAUACUACCUCGACAGUUUCAAAGUUCCCUUCGACGUCAAAGAAGGACACUGGUACUCCAUCUCUGCAAAGAUGUACGAAGGCAACUUCCUUGCUGUCUCGAUCAACGGAAUCAAAGUUUUCAAUGUUACACUGAAUGACUACUAUACUGGAGCAUCUGGUGCCACGACUACUGGCUCGUUCGGCUUUGGUGGUUGGCAAGAUCAGGCUGCAUAUUUCAAGGAUGUCAAGGUUGCCUCAAGCAACGGCACUGUCAUCUACACAAACUCAAUGACCAACGCUUCAGCCGUAUUGCCGGAAUAUGGCGUACAGUCAAACACUGCUGAUCUCUGCUUGGAUGGUGCAAAACGUGAUCGUCUCGUCUGGCUUGGUGAUUUCUACCAUACAGCUGGAAUCAUUGCCACGUCGACUUCUCGUCAGGACUACUCUUCCGGUACGCUCAAGAACUUCCUUGAUUGGCAAUUGCCCUCUGGUCAGCUUCCACUUGACACAUCGCUUGGUUACCCUGGCUCUGCAACUCUCAGCUUCGCCGAAUUGACACCUGAUGGCUACUCUUAUGCUCUGCAAGACUAUCAUAUUCUAGGCCUGCUUGCUUUCGGCUCUCACAUGCGCUACCAUAACGACAUUGCUUUUGCUUCACAAAACUGGCCGCAGUGGAAACUCGCUGUCAACUAUCUAAUCGGAAAGAUAGAUAACUCUACAGGUCUUGUGUCGCUAGGCUUCACCUUCUUUGGAGACGAUGCCGGCCUAGCUGUCAAUGCUGCCUCUGUACAAGCUUUCCGAGAACUUGCCCUUGUCGCUACAGCCAUCGGUGACACUGCUUCAGCCAGUUCCUGGAAUGCAAUUGCUAGCCAAGUAGAUGCCACAAUCCAAUCAACAUUCUGGCAACCAAGUCUGGGUUACUUCAGCGACACGCCUCAAAACAAGUCAAAGAUCUCCGUCCAAGGUCUCUCGUUCGUAGUAACGUCAGGCGUCGCAACAAUCUCUCAAGCAAACUCCUGCAUGAACGCUUUAGCCGCUCUAACACUGUCUCCCGGCUACAAAGACUCAACUGCCGUCUCUUCCGACACCGUCGCCAAAAUCUCACCAAAUACAAACGGCUUCCUUCUCUCCGCUCUCAUGCAAACAAAUCGCACGUCCGAGAUGAAAUAUCUUUUCGAAAACCUUUGGGCUGCCAUGAUAGCAAACGAUACCACACACUGCGGCGCGUCCUGGGAAUACGUGGAUACGAAUCUGCAACCGGGACUUUCCCACUAUACUAGUCUAUCUCACCCAUGGGGAGGUGCACCGACUUAUAUUCUUACUGAAUAUGUUGCGGGCAUCAGACCGGUAACAUUUGGAUACAAGACUUGGGUUAUUGCGCCGGCGUAUACUGGGUUUGGAUUGACCUCGGCGAGUGCACAGGUACAGACGCCGUUUGGUGUGUUGAAGGUGAGAUGGAAUGUCGAGGGUGCGAAGAUCAAUGCUGUCAUUAAUGCGCCGGUGGGCACUUCGGGAACAUUUGUUAUCAACAGAGCGUUGGCGAAUGAGACGAGAGCGAAUACCGUUGUGCAGGUCAAGGGUGGGAUAUUGCCCAAGGUCCUCUGUCUGGAUUUGUAGGACAGGAGUGGUCUGUCACGAAGGAGAGCCGCAAAAUCACGAUCAGAACCAGCGAGAAUGAUGUAGAUGUUUGAAGAUACCAGAAGCUAGCAC